AUGGGGAGUGGGGUGCCCAUCCAUGCUGAUCCGCUGCAGGAGGGGACCUACAGCCACUUGGGAAAAUUCCUGCCAAGGCCAGCCAGGUUGGAGGGGAAAGAUCCAUUAAAGGGCAGGCAGGUGAGUGCUGCUAGCAAGCUAUGUGGAGAAUGUGCUGCUGUACUGGUUCCAGCAGGUGACAAAACACGACCACCAUCCUCAAGCCCCUCUAGUAUUAUCCGGCGCACUUCCUCUCUGGAUACACUUGCUGCUCCAUACCUUGCAGGGCACUGGCCUCGUGAUAGUCAUGGGCAGGCUGCUCCUUGCAUGAGGGACAAGGCUACACAGACAGAGAGUGCAUGGGCCGAAGAAUAUGCUGAAAAGAAGAAAGGGUCUCACAAGCGUUCAGCAUCAUGGGGCAGUACAGAUCAACUUAAAGAGAUUGCAAAAUUACGCCAACAAUUGCAGAGAAGUAAACACAGCAGUCGACAUCAUCGAGAUAAAGAAAGACAGUCUCCAUUCCAUGGCAACCAUGCAGCUAUUAACCAGUGUCAGGCUCCUGUUCCAAAGAGUGCACUUAUUCCAGUAAUUCCCAUCACCAAAUCAACAGGUUCCCGGUUCCGAAAUAGUGUGGAAGGAUUGAAUCAGGAGAUUGAAAUAAUAAUUAAAGAGACUGGGGAAAAGGAAGAACAACUUAUACCACAAGAUAUUCCAGAUGGCCAUCGUGCACCUCCCCCCCUCGUACAGAGAAGCAGCAGCACACGCAGCAUCGACACGCAGACCCCUGGUGGGGCAGACAGGGGAAGCAACAACAGCAGCCGCUCUCAGUCUGUGUCCCCCACAUCCUUCCUCACCAUCUCAAAUGAAGGUAGCGAAGAGAGCCCUUGUUCAGCUGAUGACCUGCUUGUUGAUCCCAGGGAUAAAGAGAAUGGGAACAACUCUCCUUUGCCCAAAUAUGCAACUUCACCAAAACCUAACAACAGUUAUAUGUUCAAAAGGGAGCCUCCUGAGGGCUGUGAAAGGGUCAAAGUCUUUGAGGAAUGCUCGCCAAAGCAGCUUCACGAAAUCCCAGCCUUUUACUGUCCUGACAAAAACAAGGUGAAUUUCAUUCCUAAAAGUGGUUCUGCCUUCUGCCUCGUCAGCAUCCUCAAGCCACUCCUUCCCACACCAGAUCUUACUCUCAAGGGCUCUGGGCACAGUCUGACAGUUACCACUGGUAUGACAACCACUCUGCUGCAGCCUAUUGCUGUGGCCUCCCUGUCUACAAACACAGAGCAAGACCGGGUCUCUCGAGGAACAAGUACAGUCAUGCCAUCGGCCUCUCUACUUCCACCACCAGAGCCAAUUGAAGAAGCUGAAGGAUAG